CAAGCGACGCAAUUUACGGCGCUUUGAAUUAUGUCAUUGUGUGGGAGAAACUCACCCUUAGGGAUGCUUUUCUGACACAUACAAAUUCAUCCAUGCUGAUGAUCGGUAUGUGCUGUACUCACCUUUCGCACUGUUCAUCAUAAGCCCUUACACCGCCAUUCUGUGGAGGGAACAAUUUGACAAAAAUUGAGACAAAGAGAGUUAAUCAAGCAAAGCAUAUCCGUUUUCGUUGCUAGAAGGGAUAAUCUACAGCAACAUAAUAUAUACAGUGCCUUGUCAAAGGUUUCAGUUUGGGGGGAAUACAGGCCAGUUUGGUUUUUGGAAAAGUUUUCAAACUUUUGGCGAGGCGUGAUUCUGCAUAUAUCGGCCCUUCUAACAUGCCCAAUGUCUAUUUGUGCACUGUUUCUAAACAGAUUCUUGGUUCCAUUCCGGUGUUUGAUGGUGGUACGAAGAAGGUGCAGGAAAUUCAUGCUCGUGACCCGAAUCGAACACAGGUAGUAGUGCCCUUGCUUUUGGCUUUGGCUAACUGUAUAACACGAUGCUGGUGUCAUAAUCAAACUACUCUGUUCUUUGAGUCGUGUCGCAUUUCAAUACAUGACAACUAGCAGAGUUAUGGAAUAAAUGACGAGAAAAAUGAAAUGGAUUGGUCGCGUGCCCGCAAACCAGAAUUCCAUUCAUGCAGCAAAAUAUGUUGGCAUCAUGUUGUCUAGGCUCUUAAGCUAUGCAGGCAAGCGGUGAAACUUUAGUUCGAUGCUGGAUUCGAUGCUUGAGUGAUGGAUGCCUCUCAGGCUAUCCCGUUGCUAUAUGGUGACUGUCUUUUCCCGGUUCCAGAAAUCUUUCGCUCCGGAAAAACCUGGCAAGCAAUUCCAUUCAGGCUACAGAUUACGAACGCUACGGAGUAACGGCCGGCAGGAUGGCAGCCUCCGCUGUUCGAUUCUCGAUGCCACUUCCGCUACAAUAUCAAUAAUGGGAAGUUCCAGUCUAGCGUAUUGGGUGUGGCUGGAGAAUCGAAAACCCGAAUCAGCCGGCAACUGGAAUGGCUCCAGCCCAUUGUCAUACAUAACGUUUCCAAAAUGGUGGCUGCACCUCGACAUACUAUUCCGCAACACAAGAAGAGUGAAAUAAUAUCAUUACAUAUGGUUAUUAGUAACCGGAAAGGUUGACAAAAUUAUGCAGGAACGGUCGUGCAACGAAGAGGGAGAAUUAAUAUUGACUUGCUAUUCCCGCCGUGUUUGUCCAAUUAGCCAGCCAAGCCAAUCGUCAAAUAUCUCCCCUGAUCUCACUCAGCCGCAGCGGACUUUAUUUUCAACCUCUCAGCUGUCAUUCUUUCGUUGCGGCUUCGUGAAGUUUUCUUCAUAAGUCUCUGUUAGGUUGUACUCAGACUGCUUCCCCUUCAGGGGCUGAGCAGACGCUCGUUCCUAAAGGAUACUCACUGGUAAGAUGCCACACUGGCCACAGUUUUACAGAAUGCAACUUGCGAUCCGAGCAAGGGAGAUAUGGCUAGUCCCGAUACCCGACUUCCUAUGCGUCUCCCCAAGGCUCGUUGUGCUGGUAUGCCAAUUUUGAGGCGCAAUCCAAAUUCUCAUCCUUGAAAAAAUACCCCGUGAUUCUUUGUGUGCAAAACCCGAGGAAGAUUAACAGCCAAUAUUGCGGAAGAAACCAAUCUGAAGGCGGAAUUGAAGGACAAAAUCUGUCUGGAAAAUAAUAUUUCUUUGUUGGAUGUAAUAUAUUUAUGCAGCCUUGUCUCCUUUUACCGAUCUGUCGGGAUUUCGUUCUGUAAUAGCAAUUCCCUUUCCGCGACAGAAUUGUGCUACGCUCUCUAAUCUAAGUUUUAUGCUCUGGGCAUUUGCGAUCGUAUUGUUCCAUACCCUAGCUCCUCGC